AUGGCUUCACCUUUUCUUCCCAAUCCUGUGGACAUCGGCGCACAAAUUGUUAGAAGAGCACUUCGUAGAGAAAGAGUUUUUAGGGACAGACAAAAUCCUCUUGACUUUCAUGAUGAUUAUUUGUAUGAAAGGUACAGAUUUUCCGCGGAAGGAAUAACAUAUAUUUGCGGACUUCUUGAGCCACAUAUCACAAAUGUGACUCGUCGAAGCCAUGCCCUAACUGUACCGCAGAUGGUAUGUAUUGCGUUGCGUUUUUUUGCAACUGGUACAUAUUUGUAUGCGGUCGGUGAUGCGGAGAACAUUGGAAAAGACACAGUUUGUCGAACCAUUCGCAAGGUGGUCCUCGCACUGCAAGGUUACAUAAAUAGUUUAAUUGUGUUCCCUGGACAUUUAUCGCCCAUGUCCAUAAAAGAGGGUUUUUGUAAAAUUGCCGGUAAGAUAUUCAUAGGAGUCAUAGGAGCAAUAGACUGCACACAUGUUGCAAUCUCCACAGCUCUGGGAGAACAUGAGGCAGAUUAUGUGAACAGAAAGUCCUUUCACAGCCUUAAUGUUCAGAUGACUUGUGAUCAUGAAUGCAUGAUCACAAGCUUGGAUGCCAAAUGGCCUGGCUCAGUGCAUGACUCACAAAUUUUCUGUGAGUCUGUGUUGUGUCAGCGAUUUGAGGAAGGGACUUUUGAUGGCCUGUUGGUAGGAGACAGAGGAUAUGCAUGUCAGAGGUUUUUGCUAACCCCCUAUCCUGACCCUCAGACAAGGCCACAAAACCGCUUCAAUGUGGCCCUCAGUAGAACCAGGGUCAAGAUUGAGAUGACCUUUGGCAUCCUAAAGGCACGAUUCAGCUGCCUUAGGCGCUUAAGAGUAUCACCAGAGCGGGCAUCACAGAUAGUGGCUGCAUGUGCCAUUCUGCACAAUAUAGCCACUAUCAGAAAGGAGAGAGUACCACCACAAAAUCACCUUCUCCCUGAUGAAAUUGACCCAAUUACAGUUGACCACCCAGCUGGCGCAGCUGUCAGAAAUGCUAUCACAACUCAAUAUUUUACUUGAUAAAAAUCACAUUGACACUGCAGAUAGGUCUCAAACUGUUUUAUUUUUCAUGUCAUGUGGCUGGGGGGAGAAAAAGCAAGAGAAAGUUACAUUAAUAAAUAUUCAUAGAGUUCAUACUGAAAGGUUACUAGGUUAAAUAAGUUCACAUACUGAGGUCUGUUUGUUCCAGCUGCUUGAUCUCCAAUUUAAUUUUUUUAAUUUGGAGUGUUUUCAGCUCACAGUCUAGCUCCUUCAAUUUGCAGUCCAGUUCAAGACUUCUUUUGUAAAGGGCCCUGACUGAGUCGGUUUCCACCUGAAACAAUUCAAAUCACAAACAGCCAGUAAAACUCUUCUGGAGGUUAUUAAAAAAAAAAAAAAAAACACAAAAA